AUGGGCCCUGGAACUAAACACUACAGGUACUACAGAAACCGCGCGAUCGCGUACUGGCACCAUUACCCGGCACGGGUGGUGAUACUGGCGGUCGGGCUGGUUGCUCUGUUUGGGUUUCUGUACACCUCUUCGUCAAGUCAGAUCCAGCAAAACAUAAUACCAUCGAACUACACCUCGUUUUUGAACCCGUUUUUAUCGGGCAAACAGGACAAGGGCGGCAAGGCGGGCAACAGGAACCCGCAGGAGGAGUUGCAAGACCGCAAGGCGGCCAAAACCAACUUGUACCGGCAGAUCUUCAAGAUCAUGGAACAAAAUAGACCUCCAGUGAAGCUGGACAACUUUGAGUUUGACCAGGCCGCACACGAUACGCAGGAUCCGUUCACGUCGAUCACUCUGGGCAAGAUCGGUAAGUUCCCGCACGAUUUCGUGAGUGGGGUGAAGAGCGCACACGCUAGUUUCCUUAAGCAAAUGCCGGAGUAUGACGACGUUUUGCGGUUCAAUGGCAACGGAGUGAUCAUUUUGGGUGGGGGAGACUACUCGUGGCUCGCUCUGUUAUGUACGAGAAUGUUCCGCAGAAUGGGCGGUUCGUUGCCGGUGGAGGUGAUGCUUCCGCGUAAAGCUGAUUAUCUCAAAGACCGUGAAAUUUGCGAUAUCUAUCUGCCGCAAUUGAACGCCAAGUGCGUGGUGAUGACCGAGCAGCUGGGAAUAACCCAACAGGAUGAGGAGGAGCUGUUUUUCGCCGACUUCGGCGUGAACUACCACAUGUACCGGUCACUUGCUCUGUUGACCUCAAACUACCAGAACGUUCUGUUGCUGGAGAGUGAGACGUUGCUGAUCAAGUCACUGGACGAGUCCAUCUUUGCCUCCGAGCCGUUCAACACGUACGGCAUGGUUCUGUGGCCCGAUUUCUGGAAAAGAAAAACGUCGCCGUUCUGGUACUUGGCGACCGACUGCUCUGUCGACAAGACUCUGGUCCGAGACGGAAUUUUAGACCUGCCGGAGUCGAAACAGGUCUCGUCGUCCAAAGCAGACAUUCAGUACCCAUUGCACGACCGUCGUGGCGCCAUUCCAGACAUGUCCAACGACAGCGGUGAGAUGAUGAUCAAUAAAAAGACACACUGGAAAACACUAUUGUUGGCACUCUACUACAAUCUCUACGGAGACGGGUACUACUACCCGCUGCUGACCCAGUCCAACUCGGCUGGCGAAAAGGAAACCUUCGCAGCAGCAGCUACAGCACUGAAAACCCCAUACUAUCAAACAAGAACCCCCACCGAGGCCAACGGGUUCUGGUACAACGAUGAUUUCCGCGGAGUGGGCAUGUUGCAAUUCGACCCAACGGUGGACUUCUACUCGCUCAACUCGUUCAAAGAGAAGUACGAAACAAACCCUGAUAAACUUACCGAAGAAGAGCUGGCAAAGUACCUCUCGGACUCUCCAGAAAGAAAGUCGGCCUUGUUUUUCAAGGUCAACUACCCAAGACUGCUUCCGAUCGAGCUAAUCAAGGACUCCUUCAUCGUGAAGGAGAACGGCGAUCGGAUCCGCAUGUUUGGCGACAACGAGCGGUUCAGAUCGGACUUGGAGGUGACUCUUUGGCGGAUCAUGGUGGAUUACAUCUGCUACUCCGAGCUGCACUGCUCGUACCUGGACAAACACUUCCCACCAGACCGCAAGUACAAAGAAACGGUGGCCAAGUACUGUACAGACUCACUCAAACCGCACCUUCUCUGGCUGGCCGGCAACCACUAA